AUGCCCCAUUCCGACCCAGACCUCGCAGAAGACUACUCUGACGGCCUUGAUGCAGCUCAGGAUGGUGCCAGCGGAAUACAAUCGCUCAUUGAGGAGGCUGAUAGCUCUGCCACCGGACGGGAUGACCAAGAAAGACUGACCAAGGCAACGCGCGAUUUGCAAGGGUCAAAUUGGCUUGGAGAGGAGACAAUCAUGUUGGUUAUAUCCUUCUUCAUGCCUAUCAUAGGCGUACGCCUAGUAGACAUUGGCCAGGUUCCAGGAGAUGGUGAGUGGGAUACAUGGGCGUCUUCGAAGAGCAAAGCCAUCAGGCUUCGCGAGUCGGAUGAGAUUGUUCUUGUGCCGCUAUUCGAUUCAAAGCUACGGCACUGGCGACUACUUUCAUACCGCAUUGCACCCGGAACAAUCAAGGUGACCGUGUACGACUCGAUAGCCGGGCGAGUUCAUCUUGAAAGCCUGAGACCUGCUAUCUUGGCCAUCUCGCAAUUCCUCGGGAUUUCUCCGCAGAAGCAGCUCGAUCUGUACCUCGAUCCCACGGCGCUCCAGCAAGACAACGAACACGACUGCGGUGUCUUUGUCAUCAUCCACGCCAUCUACAUUAUCUCACGCGCCACCCUGCCCUCCUCGGCCAGCGGGUCCUUCUGGCGCGCCGUUUUCCGCUACGCCUGCAACCUGCAAAGCGGCCUGCGUCCCGGCAACGUCGACGAGCUCACCGCGGAGCUCGACUCCAUAACGGCCACUACCACAGAGGCCGCACAGAGUCGUCGUGAUCAGCACGAUAGACAAGAACAGCCGCCGCCGGACCCCAAGAUCCUCGACCUCCUCCGCGCCCACGCCGCUGCCAACACGCAGAGCGAACGCCUCCAGGCCUUAUCGCAACAGGCGUCCGAGUUUUUCAAAGCCGUCGCCCUGAUCCAGUAUCGGGUGUGCCAGGAUGUCUCCGAGAUAGCGCUCAUGCGGCAGCUUUCGGAAGUGGGCGCGAGCUUGAGCGCCGAGGAGCACGGCCAUCUGAUGCGGCGCUCUGCGCUGACGACAUUUGUUUCUGAUGGUGCGGUGCGGCUACUGCAGAGGCGGAAGGAGGCCAUGGAGGCGUUGGAGCGGGGCGCGAAGGAUUUCUGCGCCAGGGUAAAGGCGGAGCAUGACCAGGCGGCGCGGGCGGUAGGGGACGUAAUGGAGAGGGUGAGAGCGGCGAUAAGAGAUGCGGCCGAGAAGGUGGAAGAGGCGAAGGUGAGAGCGAAGGACGCGGAGGAUGAGUUCAAGGAGGCGAGAGAUAAGAUGAAGAACGCCGAAGAAAAGGCGAGGUUGAGGGCUGGGGAGGUUGAAGCCGCUAAGAAGGCACUUGCCGAUUACGAGAGUAUAAUAACAGGUAGCGUAUAG